ACAGAGGGGCAGCCGCCUGCGCGGUGGCCAGCAUCGUCCGGCCGGGUUCGUCGGGAAGCGACCCAACCCCACGCCCGCUUCCAACCUCGUUCUGACCGACGGCGACCGCCGUGCCGCGCCACCGCUAUACUUACAUCUGCUCCAUCAUCCCUCGCCCGCCGCGACCACCAACCUCGGCAGGGAAAUCCAACUCCGGUUUCUCCUCCUCGCAGCGUCUCUCCCGCAGUCGGGGAGAUCCGGGUUGGCCCGCCCGGUAAUCCAUCCCUCGCCCUCGUGCCGCCUGUAAUUUCGCCUCCUAACCCGACCGCCGGGGGCCACAGCGGCGCCGGAGGCGGUGGAGUGGGGACGAUGGGGAUCGGGGCGGUGUCGGACGAGUUGCUGGGCACGUUCGUGCCGAUCGCCGUGUACUGGCUCUACUCAGGGCUCUACGUCGCGCUGGAUGGGGUGGGGCGGCUCGACGGAUACCGGCUGCACACCAGGGAGGAGGCCGCUACGAAGAACGUCGUCUCCAAGGCCGCCGUCGUCAGAGGCGUUCUCGUCCAGCAGGUCUUCCAGGUCGCCGUCUCGCUCACCCUCUUUGCGGUUAUUGGUGAUGAGAGUAGUACUGGACAGAAGCAACCUCCUGUUCUUGUCAUAGUGUUGCAGUUUAUAACUGCAAUGGUUGUUAUGGACACAUGGCAGUACUUCAUGCACAGAUACAUGCACAUUAACAAGUUUCUGUAUAAACACAUCCAUUCUAAGCACCAUACUCUUGUAGUCCCUUAUUCCUUUGGAGCUCUAUACAACCAUCCUCUUGAGGGCCUUAUUUUGGACACCAUUGGUGGUGCACUCUCAUUCCUCGUCUCUGGUAUGACUCCACGGACAUCCAUAUUCUUUUUCUCCUUUGCAACCAUCAAAACUGUGGAUGAUCAUUGUGGGCUGUGGCUUCCUGGUAAUAUCCUCCAGGCGCUGUUCAGCAAUAACAGUGCUUAUCAUGACAUUCACCAUCAGCUCUAUGGAAACAAGUACAACUUUUCACAACCCUUCUUUGUGAUGUGGGACAAGAUUCUCGGAACUUACAUGCCCUACUCUAUUGAACAACGAAAAGGAGGGGGGAUCGAAUCAAAACCAGCUAAACUCGACUGAGCUGAGGAUACCAAGACUGAUUAGUACAUGCAUGCAUAGUUUCUAUUUUUUUUUUUUUGACUUGUCCAAUACUCAUGCCUUGUGGUACUGCUGACUGCGCAAAUGAUGUACACACCCUGUGUCAUAACUUCAUAUAGUGAGGCUGCUUUUGCUCUCUACAUUUCUUGUUUUGUUUUUUAGGGUGUUCUAUCUUGUAACAAGAUACAGUGAGUAAAGUAUUGUAAUGUACCAAAGAAUACUCAACACCACUUGGAUUUGUGUUCUGUUGAA